AUGGACCUGAAAUCCGCUCCGAUUAUUGUCAUAGGCGGCGGCAUUGUUGGUGCCUCAAUUGCCUGGCACUUGGCCAAGGAGAAGAAAGACGUCAUUCUUAUUACAGAGACAAUUGGCGGCGUAGCGACCCCCAAGUCAUUUUGCUGGCUUAACGCAGCUGGUGCAACACAGAAGUUCUACUACGAUUUUCGACGUCGCUCUAUGGCACGCUGGGCUGAGAUGGGCAAAGAGCUACCCGAUCUCCCGAUUCAUUGGGGCGGCGUCUUGGCUUGCGAUCGAUCUCCCGAAGAGCGUCAAGAGUUUUAUGAGCGUCAGCGUCGUUGGGGUACAAGCAUUAGGCGCAUGGAAGCAGCCGAGCUUGCUGCACUUGAGUCACAGGUCGAUGAGGCGCAGUUCUCUUUGAUCAAAUGGGGCCUCCACGUUCCUGAAGAGGGCACCCUCGAAGCACAGGCUGCCGCGGCGAAGCUAAUCGCUCACGCCCAAUCGUUAGGCACUAGGGUGCAUGAAACGAAAGUGACUGGAUUUUUGAAGGAUGACAAGGGCCGAGUCUCAGGUGUAGUAACGGACUCUGAGGAUGUGCAUGCUAGCCACGUUGUUUUGGCCGCUGGUCUUGGAAGUGUUCCACUGUUAGCAACUGAGAACAUCAGACUUCCUUUGAACGGUCAAGAGGGUCUCCUAGUCAAUACUGCACCGAGCGAAAAGCGAUACCUCAACACUUUGUUCCGCUUACCAGGCCUGCACAUGCGUCAAACCCUCGACGGACGAAUUGUCUUCGGCGCGUCCUUUGCUGGUGGACAGCCCGGUGAUGACCCGCAGGCAACAGCAAAGCACCUUUUCAGCCAAGUGCAAAAAGCGUUCAAGAAUGGAGAUGAGCUCGAGUUUAGCCAUUACACUAUUGGUGUGAGACCUGAGCCGGACGAUGGAUAUCCCAUUCUCGGUUCUUCAGGCGUGGAAGGGCUUGACCUGGCUGUGAUGCACUCUGGUGUAACGAAUGCUGCUCUGGUCAGUGAGCUCCUAGCUAAAAAUAUUGUCUUUGGUGUUGAGGAUCCAAUGCUCGGAGACUAUCGGUUGGAUCGCUUUAAGAAUGAUGCAAAGCUUUAG